CAAUCCUAAUGUCACAUCUCUCACCGAAACGAGGAAGUUUGUGGAGGACCAUGUCAUCCAGAUUCAACUUCAGCUUCAGAAGAAGAGAGACGAAACAAUUUCGGAACAUCGCUCAUGGCUUGAUCCCUGCUGCCACCAUUGCCCCCAGACCUGCUGUUCCCCGCACUCCUCCCCCACGAAGCCCCAGCCCCUCUCCAGAGAGACCCAGGUCUGCCUUGGCAGCUGCUAUAUUAUCUUCGUCCCUGAUGGGCCGUACUGUUGCCAUUCCUCCUCCACGCCAAAGGUCCUGCUCUGAAAGUGACUGUUCACGUGCAGACAGCCAAACUGGCUUUGAGCCCUAUGCUGCCACUGCACUUUAUACCAGAGACACCUGGCCAGAUUCAGUGACAAGACCCCCUGUGCCUUCCCCAGGACAUUCUGAUGAUGACGAAGGGGGUGACAGUGAUCAGGUGGAGGCAGAUGAAGAUCAUGUAUAUCAGUCCCUUGAGAGACAGAGCAGAACUGACGACAUAAAUGAUGUAUACGGCGUGCCAUUAAAACACAGGAAGGACGAGACCAAUUCAGACGUUGAUGAAGAGACCGAAGACUCUGCAUUUGAUAUUGUGUCUCCCCUACAGACUCAAGAGGAAAUUGUGGUACAGGAAGGAGCAGCUAAAAUGCAGCCAUCAUUGCCACGACAACCAGGAUCAGGCUCUCGUGGGAGCAUGGCAUCUCCAGAGCUUGAUGUCUGGAGUGCUCAGUCUCACAGAUCAGUGAAUACUUCGAAAAGGAAGACCUCACGAAUGAAGGAAAGUCCAGUGAGAGGGAAAGAGAGAGACAGCAGUCCGGGUGAGAGCUCUGAGUUACAGAGUCUGAGGCAGCAGGCUCAAGAGCUGGUGGAUGAGAAUGAUGGGCUGAAGAUGACGGUUCACCGUCUCAAUGUGGAGCUCAGCAGAUACCAAGCCAGAUUUCGACCACUCACCAAAGACGAGAGUGCUCACCUAAAAUGCCUGCCAGUGAAGGGACCUGCACCUCCUUGGCUGCUGGAUAUGAAAUAUUUAUCACCCCUGCUGCUGGCCUAUGAGGACCAUCUGAAUGCCAAAGACAAACUCCUCAAGUUCUGUGAGGAAGAACUUCAGAGUCUGAGAGCUCGUGCAGAGGAGGUAAUUCAAGAAAAUGAGAAACUUCAUACUCAGGUCAACAAAAGCAGCUCUGUCAGCAACAAAGAAUGGAGGCACCUGCAGGAGCAGGCUCGCUUGGUGCUGGAGGAGAAUCAAGUAUUGAUAGAGCAGUUGGAAUUACAGCAUGCCAAAUCUAAAGAAGCCCACAGCAAACAUACACAGGAGGUGUGUAAAGUCUCUAAACAGCUGAUGUUGUUGGAGUCAGAGAAACAGGCUCUGGAGAAAGAGCUAGAGGUGGAGCGUAAAGAGCACCAUGCACUGAAGACAGAGUUUCAGAGAGUACGCUUGGCUCUAGAACACUCUCUGAGCUUGGCUGAACAUAACGCUGUGACUGACAAACUCAAAAGACAGUUGCAGGAUCAUGAGAGGUUGAAGAAUAGUGAGGUUGAAGAGCUGUUGGCUCGUGUGAGUACGCUGGAAGCAGAGAGAAAGACUCUGCUGCUGGACAAAACCAACCUUAACACAGACAUCAAGCACAUGGAAACAGAGCUCCAGCUUUCACAGCAAGCUAAUAGGAAAGCUCAGAGGCGUAUAAGUGCCCUGAAACAACAGGUUGAAGACUCUUUAGAGAAAGAGCUCAUCGCUCAUCAGUACCUUGCCAACAUUGUCACACUUGCAGAAAGAACCACCCAUGAAAGAGACCAACUCAUGCACAUGGCUUCAUCUCUAGAGAAAGACAAGCAGGGCAUCCUCACACGCAUCAUAGAAAGCACUGUCAGCCUGGGAAAACUUCAAGAAAAAGUAAAGGUGUACAAGCAGCAGGCGUCAGCGAGUGUAUGCACUCUGGGUCGGCAUCUGCGCGAGCAAGAGGACGACUUUGCGGGGAAAGCGGAGAAUUAUCAACGAGAGAUCCGGCACCUGCAGAGCCAACUCAGAGACAGACAGGAACAACUGCACGGAGCUCUGCAGCAGAAGAGAGAGGUAGAAGGUGAAUUGGAGGUGGUUUGGGAGGCAGCGACCAGAGAGAGUCAGCGCUUGAGAGAGGUGGUGUUUGGGAGCAGUUCGCUGAGUCCAGCCAACAUGGCUCCAGCCCUACACAGCACUUCCGCAGGAUCCCGUGUAGAGGAUCUUUUGUCCUGCUCGCUGCCCCCUCCCUUCACCUCCAGACAGUGCCGUCUGCCACAUCCCAUACAGCGAAGCUCCAUGUUUGACUCCAACUCUGACCAGCACCAGAAUCUGUCCUCUGAUGAAAGUGACAAGAGUGGACAGGACUCCUAAUAUUUCCAUAUCCUCCUUAACAAGUGUUUUGAGUUCAUGAAUUCAUUUACCUGAAUGCUUAAGGAGGCGCUUAAAUACACAGCCUUUCUCUUGUCUUAACUAUGACAAAUGCGCUUUGAUGUUAUUUUUUCCCCACGUAUACGUGUAUAACAGUGUAUAACCUUAUAACAUUGUUCUCAAUUGCUAAUAAUGAUUAUCCCGCAGAGGGAGAACGUUACAGCAUUUAUUCAGCUAUUGAGCUCAUUUCAAAAAGCAUAUGUGACAGAGCAGUUCCAGCAGUGGAUACACACAAUAGCAUAGAAAAGUCUAUUACACAAGCCACAUGAUGAAUGACAGAGCAACAGAAAUCUCUCUCUCAUUCUAUCUAGGAUGAAGGCCUUGCACAAAGGAUAUCCCAUAUCAUUUUCUUUAAUAAGGACAAAAUAUGGGAUUCCAUAAUAUGAUUAGCGUCCUGUUUGUGUAUUUUUGCACUAGUGCAGAAUUCUGGGCAAUAAUAUGUUGGAAUAAACAAUUAAAUUAUGAGUUUUGUUUGUUUUUCGGCUCAUGACCUGCAGUGAGCUCAAUUUUCUUUGCUAGUCCAAAUUACAAAAAAAAAAUGCAUUUGUCUUGACGGAAACAGUAACUGCUUUUGAUUAUGCGUAUACUGCCUCAUCAGCAAAGAUGUCAAUGUUAUAAAGUUUUAUUUUUAUUUUAUGGAAUAUUGCAUUUUACUGUUAUUAAGAAGAAGAAAUAGUGUAGCGCCAAAACACGCAUCCAGGGAAAACCAAUAAAUGUCCUCAGGUGCGUAGGGGAGAAAAUAUGAUCGCAAUUUCUGCUUCAUGCUGACUUCAUGUUGUAUCUAAAUCUUCUGAAAUCAAAGCAUUUUUGCCAGUACAGGGAAAGUGAAAGAAGCAUUGACACUAUCUAAUGUAAGGUUCUCCUGAGGAGAGAAAUCUUAAUUCCAUAAACAGUGGUUCACAAGCAAAUCAUCUGUGGUCGGGACAAAACUAGCGAGACACCGCAAUAAAACCAGCCUGACUGUUGCAGCAUAAUUGGGGCAGUCCAAUAGUUCCCUCCAUAAUGGCACUGCAGUUUUUUAGAGCAAAAUUAUAACCCAGCAUUCACUGCACAAAACAAAUGGCAUUUAGGGUGUCUGUUGUAACAGUGGGUCACAGAACUGCAGUCCGUGUGCAUGUGUGCGAGCUCCCUGUAGAAAUAGAGCACUUUCAGUUAGCAGUAGGAUACUGAUUAUAAAUUUCAAACUGUAGAUCAGCAGUUAGUUUUACAAGUGUUAGUUAACUGUUUAUCGAUUGAUUCCUAUGCAUUGGUGGCUACGUCUUAAAUUGUUUUGUUGAUUUUUACUGAAAGAUUGCUGUUUUUUGGAGCAUGCGUGUUUGUUAUAUUAAUAUGACAGUGAUAGAAUGUAUUUGUUAAUGUCACAGAAUUCUUUAAGAACAAAGAUGGGCACAAAUACAUAUUUUGUUA